AUGGCGAAAAGCAGAAAUCAAAACCAGCGUUCCCGCGCAGCGCGCCGGGCUGCGUCCCCAAGUCUGGAUCUCGAUAAGUCGGUGACUUCGCUUCCCCGAGCAGAAUCCCCGACCGCACAAAGGCCUUCGAUCCUGGUUGAACGUGCCAAUGCCGGUGUCCAGAAGAAACAGAAGAAAAAUGACAAGAUCACGAGGGCCCAACGCUUAAGGCAACAAAAGGGAAUGGACAGAGCCGAGGCAGUCCUGGAUCGAUUGGAGAUCAAGAAGGCGAAAAGUAUGGCUCGCGGCAAGACCGUCAACGCCCGAAGGGCUGAUUGGGAAGAUACGAAUCGCAAAACCAUGUCGUUCAACGCUCUUCAACAAGACGACGACGAGGAUAGCGAGGAUGACGAUGCGAUGGCCGAUGAUUCUGCAGCCCCUAAGGUCGCUGUAGCAACAAAUGUCUUCGAGAUGGCGACUGAAACUGAAGGUUCCAAUCCCGCAGUUGAUGAGCCUGCCCCCACCGAUGACACCGACGAGAUCACCUGA